AUGGCAUCGGACCACACCGUGACCAAGGUUCUCCUGGAAUGGAUCAACAGCUUCUCCCUCGGUAAAACACUGCGGGCCGUUGAUGAAUUGACUGACGGCAUCAUACUGUGGGAAAUCCUCCAGGACAUCGAUCCUCAAUACUUCCUCGACGAGAUCCCCGAACGCAACCCAGAGAACCAUUGGGUCGCCAAGUGGCAGAACCUCAAACACGUCCACAAGCUCUUGCUUAGCUAUAUCCGACACCAGAACGAUGAUUCCCUACCCUCCGGUCUCGACCCAUCGCCUGAUCUGGAAGCCGUUGCCGAAAAGGCCUCGUCUAAAGAGACGAACAAACUGCUAAAACUUCUCCUGAUCGCCGCCAUCAGCUCACCCAACGCGGAGACAUACGUGCAGACCCUACAAGAGCUGAGCACUUCGACGCAAGAGGGUCUCAAGGAUAUAAUUGAAGAAGCGCACAGUGGUCAACAUGAACCUCUGGAUGAUGCAGUUGACGAACUUCGCGAAGAUUUGGCUAAGCGCGAUCAUCCUGUGGAUUUAGAGCUGCAGUUUGAGGAACGUGUGGGGAAAGUCCUCGCGGAGAACGAUCGACUCACCCACGAGAAGAAAGAAUUAGAGAAGGCAUUGGAAGACCUACACAAUCGGUUGGCGCGCUUGCAAGAGAACAAUGACACCUUGCAGAACCGUCUGGCUUCCACCGAGGAUAGGCUAGUCACGCUCAAGUCUGGCAAGGGUGAUAUAGGAUUCAACGCCAAGGCAUUGGAGACCAAGACCCGUCAGCAAGAUGAUCUCAUCGCGUCUCAAGAGGCUAGGCUUACUGCCGCUCAAGAUGAAAUUAGCAGCCUACGGAUGACCGUGGAGUCCCUCAAGGUUAAAAACCAGCGCUAUCAGAAGUUGCAGGACGACUAUGAUGAGCUCCGCACAGACCGAGACCAGCUUGCACGCAAGGCGAACGCUGCAGAGAAGUACCGACAGAAGCUCCAAGCUAGUCAAGACUUCGAGAAAGAGAACCAGACUCUCAAAAACCAGAUCAAAGACAUACAGCAGCAACUAAAGGAGUCAGAUUCACAGCAGCGUUGGUCCUCGGAGCGUGAUGUGGAGCUUGCAGAGUACCGCAAGCUUUUGCCUCGCAUUGAGCAGGAACUGACUGAUAUCCAAAGUCUGAAGAAACAGCUCGAAUUCAACAACCAUGCUCUUACUGAGCGUCUCGAGAGCGCGGAUGAGCAGCACGAGAGAGACGAUGCCUUGAUCAGUGAGCUUCGUGAACGUCUGCAGGAGGGCGAGGGCGCUCCAGGAAGCCCGUCCCCGAGCUCCGAGACACCAAAGAUGCACGGAACCCUUUCUAAGGAUAUUGAAGCUCAACUCAAAUCCGAGAAUGACGAAUUGAAGCGGGAAGUCGACUCCUUGAAGGCGCCCUCUAUAGCUCCCGAAUCACAAGCAGAGGGCUUCUCGGAAAAUUUCAAUGCAUCCGUGCAACUCGCGCGCUCGAACUCGACGCAAAGCGAUGAGUAUUGGAAACUUUACGAAACUUACACUGGCACACUGAAGAAACUUGCUGAUGUUCAGGAUACCUUGGAGACCUCCAAGAAGGAUCUAGCUGAUGCACAGACACAUCUGGAUCUCGUCAAUGUAGAGAAGAGCGAUGUUAUUCGUGAACUGGAAGAGCACAGCUCGGCUGAGCUGGCCAAGCUCCGCGGCGCAUGGGAUAGCCUGACGCAAAAUGUGCACCAUCUGGAAGCUGAAGCAGAUGCCAGUCAAACCCUUGUGCGAGAGGUUUGCUCCGAGCGCGAGGAGCUUCGCAAAAUGCUCGAAGAUAAACAGAAUGAAAUCAGUGCCGAGGACCAAGCAGUGUUGAACGAGAUGCAGAUGCUGCUGGGCGAAUUUGAAAUGCACAACACUGAGGGUGGCGAGCCAUCCCAGAAAUCAAGCUUUGAGCUCUUGAAACAGUGCGCUGGGGUCCUAGAAAAGAACGUUGAAAGGCUCGCACAGCGUGCAGAGUAUAUCCAACAGCAAAAUGAGCUCAUCAAGUCCUUGCGCGAGAGCAUGAAGAACUAUGAAGAGAAUUUGGAAGAUGGUAUUCCCAAAGAACGAGAAAUUGAACUUCAGAGAAUCAUUGAUGAUCAAGCCCGUGAGCUCAGUCUUGUAACAUCGGCCUGGUAUAACCUACAGAGUAGAUGGCAGAACAACAACAUGACCGUCUCACGAUACCGGCAAGGUGCCAACAUGACGGAUCCACGGGGCUGGCUAGCGAAGCAGAGAAGUGUUGUUGCUGGCCAGUGA